AUACUUCAAUAAAGAUCAGUCUGGAUGACUCAUUUUCCUUGAUUCUGUCCGAUAGAUCAGCAACGUUAGAAAUGGUCGUCAUACGUGGCGUGUUAUUAUAAAAAAAUGCAACAAUUAGAAUUGUUAACGCUAAAAGUGAUUUGAUUAGUGGCAUUUGUCCAAAUAAAGAACAUUGUAUUUGCGAAAUGGUAGCAUAGAAAUGUCGGUGCAGUACAAAAAUGUAUUCAUAAAUUAGGAAGAUCGCGCGAAAACGCGUUGCACUAAUUCUUACAUAACAAUGGUCAGAAAUCGAGACCCUUCUCUCAAUGCGCGAAUACGUGACUCUGUCGGUGUAUAUAUACACACACGGUAAAUGGCUCAGUGACUAUGCAAAUUUAAGUGCAGGAAGAUCCAUCCGUUUGUUAAACGCGAUGAAGGCCUCGUCGCGUUAACCCACGCGAUUUUUUUUAUUUUAGCGUCGCGCGCAAAGUGAGAGCGCAAGAAAAUCUUGAUUAUAGCUGAAGAUAAACUAUGCGUGACUCGCAUAAAACCUCAUCUUUUUAAAGACUUGAAAUAAGAGUGAAAUCAAAUGUCAAAAUUAUUUUUAAAAUACAAUUUUCAUUUCAAGAGUUUUCAUUUGCCUAUAAAUUAUACAAAUAUAGUCUACAAUUUCAUCAUCAUAAUCAUUUUACAAUUAGUCAGAUGUUACGAAGAAAUAGGACGAGAACUUAGCUCCAAAAUAAAAUCUUUUAGGGAGAAUAUUGUAGGAGAGGUUGUUGUAGAAAUAUUAAAAAUAUUAAAAUGCAAGAAAUAAACGAUAAUAUAUCUUUGGAGAUGCAACAAGAAGUCGACAUAAUAUGUAAGCAGAAAGAAGGUCAGGUGAAAGAAGGGUCGUUAGAAAACAACAUACAAGUGAUUAAGGAUGUAAAAAACCCUAGAAGCCACGAGGAAAUAAAUGGAAGAGUCAUGACAUUUUUGCAUGAGAAAGGUUUGAGUGAAAAUCUUAUCAAAACAUUGAUAAUUAAUACUGGUCUUACGGAUGAACAUGUCAGACUUUUAAAGACUCUAAAUUUAAGUGAUGACGAUAUCGACAAUUUGCAAGAUUUAUGGCAAGCAAAGAUCGAAGUCAAUAAAAGCAGCGAUUCUAUUAAUUCUACGUCUAGCAGUUCAUCGUCUAAUGACCAUCAUGCACAAUUGUCACCGAAUAGCAUCUAUCUAAAAAAGGUUUUGAGUAAACUUUUGAUCCGAGCUCUUUGUGAAAUUGUAGCAAAGAAACCGGCCGAUCCUGUGGAGUAUCUAGGCCACUGGCUACUCCAUUAUAAAAUUUGUGAGGAACGAGCUAUGCAACAGAAAGAAUCCGAGUUGGAACGAUCGCUUUCAAUCGAUCGAGAAAAAUUGACACUGAAAAAAGUCGAAGAUGAAGAGGCUUUUUUUAUCGAGCGAAAGGACGAAGAGGAAUAUGGCGAGGACCGGAAUUAUUUCGAUUCUGGCAAUUUAUGAAUCAAAUACAGGCGCUCUUUAUUAUUUUGGUUUAAUAAGCGAAUUAAAGAAAAAAGAAAUUGAAUAGACAAAUUUACUUACCGAUGUUUAACCUUCUGCUGUCUCUCGUCCAUGCUUCAUCAUGUCGCAAAGCGAUUGAAGGACAUAAGUAUAUAUUGUUGUUGUUGUUAAUGUGAUUGUCCCAAACGUGACCAAAUUCUAACUUGUUACUCUCCAUCUUUUAUAUACGAUACACAUACACACGCACACACUGAACUUUGUAUGUAUGAUUAAAUAACAAUAAAAAUUUGAUGAACA